CAUGCAACCGAGCUAUCAAAGCCGGAGGAGCCAUCAUUAUCGGACAUCCCAAUUCCGGAGGAGCCUGCGCAGAUGCCAGAACCCCCCAAGGUAGAAGAGCACACGCAGCUAGAACAGCCUCUGGAGUCAGAAAAAUCUCUGGAACCUGAAAAGCUCGCAAAAACAGAAGAGACCAUCGAGCCUGAAGAGGUUGCGCAGACGGAAUCGAUAUCUCAAGAGCCCUUGACGCCAAAAGAGCCCGUGCAUGUUGAAGAACCUUCGCAACCAGAGGAAUCUUUGCAGCCACCUCCAAAACCAGAUGAUGCCGCGCUACUGGAAUCUACACAGCUAGCAGAGCCUGUCCAACUAGCCAAUGAACCGCCCGUCGUUCUGGAUGAGCCCGAAAUCGUAUCGCCGAAGAAAUCCAAGAAGGACAAAAAGAAAAAGAAGAAGGCUAGUCAGGCUGAGCCGGAACCCACACCGGAGGGCUCCCGAUCGACUGAAGAGCCUCAAGCACAAGCGAGGACAUUAACAGAAGAGCCUGUGGAGCAAGAAGCCGCCCAAGACAUUCCAGUUCCAUCCGAAAGCCUCCCUGUUGCAGAGGAUCUUGCAACUGCUCCAAAAGACGACAAGGUCCCAGAAGACGUUCCGUCCUCUCCCGUGAGCAAAAAGUCGAAGAAAAAGAAGAAGCGAGCUAGUAAAGUUGAACCGGAGCUUGAACCAGAAAUUACACCUAUGUUAGAGGAAGCCACCGUGCAGUCAUCGUCCCUUGAACAGACCCAGGAACCUCAACAAGUUGACAGUCAGCCAGCUGCCGACGAUGCGGUGCCCACAACAGAUGUUCCCAUUUUGGAAGAGGUCGCCCCCGAGGUCCCUACGGGAGGAGAAUCCGAGGAAAAGAACCGAACAAAUGAGGUCGACGAAAAACUUCACCCGGAGACCUCCAUUCCUUUGGAACCUCAGGAAGAGCGCACACCCAUCGAUGAGUCCCUAACCCAGGAAGUCGUGGAGCUACCUAGCAGCCAACCCAAGGCUGAAGAGCCCGUAGUCACUAUAGAGGAGAAUCCCGAAGAAGCCGCCCCUAAGGCUACCUACAGCAAGAAAUCUAAAAAAGAGAAGCGCAAGGCAAAACAAGCAGCUUUGGCCGCCGAGGCCGAACUUGGACAAGGUUCACAGCUUGAUACUGAAUCUGCAACCCCCGAGGCGGCACCAGGUCACACAGAGCAGCCCGCAGAGCCGGUGACUACCAUCGCGGAGGCAGAAAGCAUCCCAGCGAUAGACAAAACACCAGAGGAUGUCGAGGAGAAGGACCUGCAGCCGCCAGCAGUAGAUGAAUCAACUCCUCAACUAGACCAAGGUCGCACCAUAGUUCCCGUUCAAGAGCACGAAGAGAAACUCACCGAGCCCUUGGAUCAAGAACAAAUCGCGAUCCCAAACGUCGCGCAAGAACCGGAUAUGUCUCAAACAGAGAACGUAGUCGAAGACUCACCUACGGACAACAUUACUAGCGCUCCAACCAAGAUUGUUGAAGGGUCAGUAGAGGAUUUGCUUCAAUCUCCUUCCAAAGAUAUUGAGGAAAACGACAAGGAGAUCGUUGCUAUUGAUGUUCCUCUGGAGCCAAGCACCGAGGAGAUCGCAGAUUCCAAACUACAAACCGAAAGCCUACCAGAUACGAAGCAGGAUGAGGUGGUAGCCAGUGAACAACCCAUUGUAGUAGAAGAACAGUUACCAGCGGAACCCAAGGACCUCACAGAACUCAGAAAGCUUCCCGAGACGAGCAAUACCGAGCAACAAGAACAGAUACCCACCGAUCAAGAAGUCGAGUCUGAGGUUGUGCUACCAAAGGAACCAGAGCCUGAACCUUCUUCCCCGGUUUCACGGAAGAAGUCAAAGAAGAACAAGAAAAAGAAACCAGGCGCUAAACCAGAGCCGGAGCCAGCUUCGGGUACCCGAACGCCGUUGAAUCGGGAAUUUAGUGAGACUAUUACAAGCGAGCCUAUGACUCAGGAGCCAGAGAGCAUCAUAGCGAACGAGGGUGAGUGGCCAGAAUCCCCGACGAUAUCCAAGAAAAACCAGAAACACCGCAAAGCGUCGGGCACUUCUACUCCUCUGGAGUCCAUGGAAGAUAUAGCACACGCUCCUUCGGAUACAAUUAAAGAAGAGAACAUCCCUGAAAACCCGACUCCGGAAGAGAUUCUAGAAGUCGAAGGGCAAAGCUCUAAAUCAAAGGAAAUCCAGGAACAGGAAAUCCUCUCCAAGUCGGCCCCCCAAGAUCAAAAUACUGAGGAUGUCAAUAUCAGUCACUCUACCAAAGAGAAUGUAGCAAUUUCGGAGAACGAUCAAGUAACCUCAUCUGCACUUACAGAGGACGAGCAACUUGCACAGAACGAUGAAGUGCCCGCGAUACCUACGACACCUACGAUACCCACGAGCGAGCCCGUACAAGAAAAUCCUGUUCACGUCGAAUCCUCGAUGCUAACAUCCCCACCUCGAACUCCUAUAACUACCGCGCCACCUGCGAUCGAUGUCGACCUUUCGCCUGCCCAAUUAAGUAGUCACGUAGAACACGACCGCCCAUUCGAUCAGUCAUUGCAACCAGGCAAGAAGGCUAGAACCCGCUUGUCUAGUGAUGCAACGAUGAUUCCCGAGCCCCUUUCAGCCCAAGCCGAUGUUCCACCCCAAAUCGUCGAGAGUUCGACCCACGAAGUCCCCGAAAUCUCCGAACCCAUACAAAUUACGGAAGACCAUGCAACCAAAACCGAAGACAAUAUUGCCGCUCCGCAAGAUGUUACCCCCGCUCGAGAGAUCGCAGCCUCGUAUCUCGAAGCCAAACCCUUUUCAAUAGGCGAAGAAUAUGGCACUGCUGAAGGGAACAAAACUACCAAAUUGAUUGGUACCUCUGGUCUACUUCCAGAAAUCACGCCGCAAAGAGAGAUUGCCGUUUCAUACUUUGAAGGAUACCAUCCAAUUGCGAUUCCGAGCGAAGAUAAAAUGCUGGAAGACAAGAUUAAAGAAGAUACAUUUGCUUCGGCGUUUGCAUCGGGCAGAGACACUCCUGUCUCUCACCUAGAGUCACAAACUGGUCAGAUAGUCCCAGAGCCGGUGGAAGAAAAGACACAAUCAGUGGAACUUGAAGAAAGUAAACUACCAAGCCACAUCCAAGAUGCAGCCCCAUCGGCACGCGAAGUCGCUGCAGACAUUAUGGAAUCCCGCCCUAAAUUAUCCAAGAAAAAGGAGACGCCUAAAGACGAAGACUUAACAAUUACUGAGGUUGAUCCCGUCCUUUCUCCAACAAAGGCGUCGACACCUAGAAAGGGCAAAAAGGGAACGAAACAGAAGUCUCUAGAGAAGAGAAUAGAAGAUACGGACGAUGUAUCCGACGACGCGGCGCUCUGGAAAAGCUCCGAGGGCAAACCGUUGGAAGGCGCCCGACUAGACGCCGAACUCAGCGACUCUCCGAUCGGACCAAGCACGGAGGUAGAAAAUCAGAACAAAGCACCACCCUCCGAUCCGAUGGACAUAGAACCAUCAAGAAAUCCAUCGGUACAAGAAAGUGUCACUGAAACUGUCGAGAGUCCAAUAGUAGGAAGAGAAGUCAAACGUGAUCUACCAAAAGUUCGCGACACUGGUCACGAUAAUCCACCAUUAAGAGAACUACCAACUACCGAAAUCAUCGAAAAAUUAGAUGAUUUGGACACGUCAGAACGGGCAAUCGAGUCUUCCGAACCGACAAAAGAACAGAAAGUUGAGGACGAUUUAUUCAAGUCUUUAAGUCCGAGACCUUCAACACAAGAUUACUUGAGUCCCGGCCGGGCUUCUCCACGUGUUCUUGCCCCAGUAGAAGAGGAGACGCACGAAGAGCUAGAAAAGGAACAAAAAAGUCAAGAACUGGAUACUAGUGACCAGGGCUCCAUCAUUAUAGAUCCCAACAGAGACAGUGGGUUUGUAACGGAUUCACCAAAUCCCAUGCGGCGUAGUUUCGUGGACGACCUCAACUUGCGGGAUAGCGGUGUGCAUCUGCACGAUACCCACGAAAGCACACCCCAGAAAAAAGCAGCACUAACGGAAGAGGAACGCGCCACCGUUCAUACUCCUCUGCCCAAUGAGAAACGAAGUAAAAAACUGGGGUUGUUGCAAAGCGAGACACCAAAACUGGAGACACCCAAAGCUCCAAGCUUAGAAGAAGAGCUGCGAAAAUUGACGGAUCCCAAAAAACCACGAUCCGUGGGACAGCGAAGUGUAUCGGAGAAUAUAAGUCGGGGCUCAACACCGCGAACGGAGGGUCAACCGAUUCAGCCGAGACGAUCUGCGUCUAAUACGAGCAUUUCGAGGUUGAGAACACCGGAGCCUCUGCAGUUUCGGCCUGAAAGUCCAGGCAGCUAUUCUAGGAUCCGCUCAGGCACCAACACGCCCCCGCUCAGACGCGUGGGCAAGCGAAUGAGCGGUGACCUUAGAUCGCUCAGUUCCAACCUCUCCAACGAUUCCAAUGGUAACCCAUCAAGAGAAAAUCUCCACCAGCCUAGCACCACACCUGUAGCUAACGAAGGCCGUGUCCGAGCCAAGGACAUGACCGACGUAUAUGAUGGCUAUGGCGAGGGCCGUAUUGGCUCCCCACGGUCGCCAACGAGGCCACUAAGUAGUAUGCGCCGUCGACAGAGCAUGCAAGUAUUAGAACUCGAAUCGAGAGUGGAACAAUUGGUAGCAGAAAAUCGCGCGCUUACCGACGCGAAAUCCCAAGCGGAGCGAAACCUCAAUCAACACGCAGUCUCCGCCAUCACUGAACGGGAUGCCGAAAUCGAAAGUCUCAAGGCAUCACUCGAAUGGCUACGUAAAGAAGUAACACGAUUGACUGAAGUCAACGAGGGCCUCCACAGCGCCAACAAUGUCCUCGCCCUUCAACACAAUGAAAAAUACGGCCGUCUCGAAUCACAACAUGCAUCCGCAUCCAAAGAACUCGAAGAGCAUCGCUUCGCUCGUGGUCAAUACACAAAAACAUUACAAGAGAAAGACGCCGAAAUUCAAGAACUACGCGCCCAACUCGAAGCGACCAAAGAGCAAGUCAGGGAAAUGCAACGACAAAUUCUCGCCCAAAAACCACCCGACGCCGAUUUCCUCCGCCUUAAAGACGAGGAUCACUUCGAUCAUCGGUGCCAACAGUUGUGUUCACACGUGCAACAAUGGGUCCUUCGCUUCUCCAAGUUCUCUGAUAUGCGUGCUUGUCGAUUGACAAGCGAAAUCAAUGAUGAGAAGAUCAUCGACCGAUUAGACAACUCAGUACUCGAUGGCUCGGACGUCGAUGACUAUCUUAGCGACCGAGUAAGGCGGCGAGAUAUUUUCAUGUCAAUGACUAUGAACAUGAUCUGGGAGUUUGUUUUCACGCGAUACCUCUUCGGUAUGGAUCGAGAGCAACGACAAAAACUCAAGUCCCUCGAAAAACUUUUACAAGACGUGGGACCGCCACACGCUGUCCGCCAAUGGCGUGCUGUGACUUUAACACUACUGUCUAGAAGACCAGCCUUCGGCGAUCAACGAAACCAGGACACCGAAGCCGUUGUACAAGCCGUCUUCCAGACAUUAUCCAUGAUUCUACCACCACCUUCCAACAUGGAGUCACAAAUCCAAUCACAACUUCGCCGUGUCAUGCGCGAGGCAGUCGACCUCUCCGUCGAAAUGCGAACACAAAAAGCCGAAUACAUGAUGCUGCCACCGCUGCAGCCUGAAUACGACGCCGACGGCGAACUAGCACGUACCGUUUCCUUCAACGCUGCGCUCAUGAAUGAACGGUCGGGCGAUAACAUCAGCAACGACGAGUACGAGGCUCAAGGUGCCGUUGUACGCACAGUACUCUUCCCUCUUGUCGUCAAGAAGGGCGAUGACAAUGGUGUUGGCGAUGAAGAGAUCGUCAUCUGCCCGGCUCAAGUUCUCGUCGCGAAGCCUCCGCGCCACGCCACCGUCCGUAUGGUCACCCCAUCCUCCGAAGCUGGUGGCGUCCCACUAUCUCGAGGCGCCACGCCUUCCGUCUCCGCACGCGGUGCACAAAGCACCGUCAGCCUACAAAUGACGGACGCUCCUCUCCCAAUCCCAACGCCUCCGCACGAGGAUCAGUACCGCUAGAAGACGAAACAGACCUCGCGGACACAUAAAACGGGCGAUACCAGGGACAAGGGAAAAGAAAAGAAACAUAAGUAAUUGUAAUAAAAGGCCAGGCCAGGCAGGGGAAGAAGACACAGGCCAGAUGUUGAUGAAUACAAUACGCGCGCACUAAUGGAGGGGGCGGGGAAGCAUGUUACAAAUUUCCCUUUUAUUCUUGUUUUUUCUUUGGCUCGUCAUAAAAAAGAGAGAUACGGACUUGGGGUCUCGUUCUGGAAUUUGGUGAUACCUGGCCGGCGUUACUUGCAUUGGUUUUUGUUUCCAAGGAGCAUGUCCCUCAUACCGCCACCAUUUUCACAUAUACAUCGCAUCUCAUCUAUCCGCAUAACCUCAUAACCUCGAGGGCGUUUCUGCUUGGAAUUCCUCUCAUGUUUCAAAAGGGAAACGGAAGUACGGAAUGUUAUAACGAUGUCAUGACCUAGGAAAUUUUUUCUCUCCGACUCAAGAUUUUCCCUUUUUUACUAUUCCCUUCGACGAUAUGUAGUUACUCAGAAUCAGAAUUUUAUAUUGUUACAAUAA